AUGGGCGCUCCUCAGGGACAGUAUCAGCAGCACGCUCAACAGGGCGCGUACCCGCCGCAGGGGCAACCGGGCCAGGGCCUCGAUCCUCAGCAGCAGGCUGCCCCGCAACGCGCAUUCGACUACGAGGACGUCGAGGACCGCGAUGGAGUCAGGUUGUCUUGGAACGUCUUUGCCGGCAGUCGCAUCGAGUCGACCAGGACCGUCGUCCCCAUCGCUGCGGUGCGUCCGGCACCCUCCUGCCGAGCGCUCGCCGUGUGGUGCUGAUGUGCUCUCUCUCUCUCUCUCUUUCACCUCCCUUCGCAUCUUGCACAGCUCUACACACCUCUCAAAGAACGGGCCGAUCUUCCUCCCGUGCUCUACGAACCCGUGACGUGCAAGACCUGCCGCGCCAUACUCAAUCCGUACUGCCAGAUCGACGUGCGCGGCAAGCUGUGGAUCUGCCCCUUCUGCCUCCAGCGCAACGCGUUCCCUCCCCACUACAAGGACAUCUCGUCCAAUAAUCUCCCCGCCGAACUUUUGCCCAAGUAUACCACCAUCGAAUACACCCUCUCGCGACCGGCGCAGGUGCCCCCCAUCUUCCUCUACGUCGUUGACACCUGCCUCGACGAGGAUGACUUCAAGGCGCUCAAGGAGACCAUCAUCGUCAGCUUGAGCUUGUUGCCCCCUCAGGCUCUCGUCGGUCUCAUCACCUAUGGUACUAUGGUCAGUACCCCAACUUCACCAUCCUCCCCCCCGCACCUGCAUUCAGGCGCUGGUGUUGUGGACCGCGGUCGACGCGUCGCUCACUCUUGCGCCCUAUCGCAAAUUCACAGGCCCAAGUCCACGAGCUCGGCUACUCCGAGUGCCCCAAGUCAUUCGUCUUCCGCGGAUCAAAAGAGUACUCGACCAAGCAGAUCACCGAAAUGCUCGGCUUGACCGCUGCCGUGCGACCGGGAGGACCCGCACCCCCCAACGCACCCCCACCUACCGUCCACGGCGCGGCUCGGUUCCUGCUUCCCAUCAGCCAGGUUGAGUACGGCCUCACAAACGUGUUGGAGAACCUGCAAAAGGACGCAUGGCCGGUCGCGAGUGACAAGCGAGCCCAACGAUGCACUGGUGUCGCCAUGAGUGUCGCCGUCGGUUUGAUGGAGGUAUGUCCUUGUCCGAUCACGAAUCCGUGGUCACCGAUCAAUAGUUUGCUCACGCUUCGCCUUACGUGCAGUCCUCAUUUCCCAACACGGGCGCUCGCAUUAUGCUCUUUGCCGGCGGACCCGCAACCGAAGGCCCGGGUAUGGUCGUCGGUGUCGAGCUGCGAGAGCCGAUCCGGUCACAUCACGACAUUGAGCGCGACAACGUCCGCUACUUCAAGCGAGCGAGCAAAUUCUACGAAUCUCUGGCUCGGCGAGCAGCGCAGAACGGUCACGCGAUCGAUGUUUAUGCCGGAUGCCUGGAUCAGGUCGGUUUGCUCGAAAUGAAGUCGCUUGCCAACUUCACGAACGGCUACAUGAUCCUCGCCGAUUCGUUCAACAUGUCGCUGUUUAAGCAGUCGUUCCAACGCGUCUUUGUCAAGGACGAGCAGGGGCAUCUGCAGAUGGGCUUUAACGCGACGUUCGAUGUGCAGACGACGAAGGAGCUGAAGGUCUCAGGUAUGAUCGGGCAUGCCAUCUCGGCGAACAAAAAGUCCAACUGGGUCGGGGAAACCGAGAUCGGUCUGGGCCAGACGUCGGCAUGGAAGAUUUGCUCGCUGUCGCCCAAGACGUCGAACGCCGUCUACUUUGAGGUCGUCACCCCCGCGGGCCAGCCUCUGCAGCCCGGUGCGCGUGGUAUGAUCCAGUUCGUCACACAUUACCAGCACACGUCGGGCCAGUACAGGCUACGCGUCACCACGAUCGCGCGCAACUUUGCCGAAGCUGGACACCCGUCCAUCUCGGAAAACUUUGACCAGGAGGCCGCGGCCGUGUUGAUGGCCCGUAUCGCCGUCUUCAAGGCCGAGAUCGACGACAGCCCCGACGUAUUGCGCUGGCUCGACCGCAUGCUCAUCCGGCUGUGCCAAAAGUUCGCCGAGUAUCGCAAGGACGACCCGAGCUCAUUCCGGCUCAACGAGAACUUUAUGAUCUACCCUCAAUUCAUGUUCCACCUGCGACGAAGUCAGUUCCUGCAAGUCUUCAACAACUCGCCCGAUGAGACGGCCUACUACCGGCACAUUCUCAACUCGGAGGACGUCAACAACUCGCUCGUUAUGAUCCAGCCGACACUGAUGUCGUACGCGCUCGAGCAACCGCCCGAAGCGGUCUUGCUCGACUCGAUUUCAAUCCAACCCGAGACCGUGCUCUUGCUCGACACGUUCUUCCACAUCCUCAUCUUCCACGGUGGGACGGUCGCGCAAUGGCGUCGUGCCGGCUACCAUGAACAAGAAGGGUAUGAGAACCUCGCCAAGUUGCUCGAUGACCCCAAGGAGGACGCGCAGGACCUCUUGCUCGAUCGAUUCCCGAUCCCUCGUUAUGUCGUGACGGAUGAAGGUGGAUCGCAAGCGCGUUUCUUGUUGAGCAAGUUAAACCCUUCAACAACGCACGUCUCGGGCGCGUCGCAGUACGGUGGUGCACCACAAGGCGCGGCGAUCUUCACCGACGAUGUGUCGCUGCAAAUCUUUAUGGAGCAUCUCAAAAAGUGCGUUCUGCUCGCCUCUCCCUAG